AUGGGCCAAGGCCAACUGGACCUGAGCAAGGCCUUUGACCCUGUCCCACAUCACAUCCUGGUCUCCAAGCUAGUGACACAUGGGUUUGAUGGGUGCACCACAAGAUGGAGAGGAGGCAGUAAGGAAAGGGGGCCCAGGAGAGCUGCUCAGUGUUCAAGGAUCAGGAGCAAUGCAUCCCAAAAAAAGAGGAAGGCAGCUUCCUGUCGGUGGCCAGCAGUUGUGUCAGGCUUGUCUAUAGGCUUUGGGAUACUGAGCAUCUCCCUGGCAAUUGCUUUGAUUUGGAAGCUGAGUGACUACCAGGCACGCUGCCCUGAGCAGUGGGUGGCCUACAGAGGGAGCUGCUACUCCUUCUCCAAGGAGAAGAAUGACUGGCAUUCCAGCCAGGAAUCCUGCCAGAGACAGGGAGCUCAUCUCUUAGUGAUCAGUGAUACCAGCGAAAUGGACCUGUUCAAGAGUAUUCGGACAGAAUGUUUCUGGAUUGGACUGAGGAACAGCACAGACUCUGGCUGGAUUUGGGAAGAUGGUUCUAUAUACAAUGGUACCAAAAUACUCUCUAACAGCCCUGUGCAACACUGUGUUGUCCUGAUGAAAGACCAUCUUCAAGCCUCCAGCUGUGAAUUUCCUGCUCCAUGGAUCUGUGAGAAAUCCCUAAGAUAA